AAUGGAACUGGCUGAAAAUAUUAUUCAAAAACGUCCAGAAGGUCUAUCAUCCCCGAGUAAAAAAAAGCAACGUAAAUAUCAGCAUACGUUAACAAAACAAACUGGAGCAAAAUGCACUAUAUUUCCUACAAAGCACAUAGGAAUCUGCAACAGUGGGUUGGUAAAUGGAUUAUCAGAAGAAGUAGUAUACGAACAUUUUUCAAAAUAUGGAAAAAUAGAACAAAUUCUUAUGUUACCAGGAAAAUCAUGUUGCUUUGUUUCAUUUGACGACAUUAAAUGUUCAACGAAAGCUUUCAAUAAUAUAAACGGCGUACUUAACAUUGCGCAAUACUUAAAGCCAGUCUUUUUAUCAUUUGUCGAAAAUAUCCCAGAAAGUUUAAUCGAAGCAAAUUUAAAACAUGAUUCAGAUCCUCCAAAUGGAUUAAUAAUACUAGAAAAUUUUAUAACUGAUAGCGAGGAACGGGCUUUCCUGGCAUUAAACGACUUCAAUCGAUUAGGAAGCUCAUUGAAACACAGACAAGUCAAACAUUACGGAUACGAAUUUAAAUAUGACAUAAAUAAUGUAGAUCUUAAUUGUCCAUUAGAAGAAAAAAUUCCAAAAGAGUGUGACAUUUUAUGGGAAAGAUUGAGAAUUGCGUAUCCGCAGUUAAUUUUUGUAGAACCCGAUCAAUUGACCGUAAAUUGCUAUAAGCCGGGUCAAGGGAUUCCCUCGCAUGUUGAUACGCACAGUGCAUUCGAAGAUCCAAUUUUUAUAUUGUCUUUGGGAUCAGCUAUUGUUAUGGAUUUUAAAAAUGAUAACGGAGAUCACCAUUCUUUACUAAUACCACAAAAAUCGUUUGUCAUAAUGUCUGGCGAAUCUCGCUACGCUUAUACUCACGGUAUUACUCCUAGAAAAUUGGACAUUCUUCAAACAAAGGCCGGUUUAACAGUUUUUCAUCGGGCUAUCAGAGUUUCAUUUACAUUUAGAAAAGUACGUAACGGAAAAUGCUGUUGUAAAUUCCACAGCAAAUGUGAUUCAUAUCUAAGGACACAUGAAAAGUCUUACACUGCGUUUGGUCAAUUAGCAGAGCGUGUAGAAGAAACGCAUGUUCACAAGGUGUACGAAAAUAUAGCUCAGCAUUUCAGUGAGACACGUCAUAAACCGUGGCCAAAUGUUGUAGACUUUAUUAAAUCAUUUGAAACAGGGUCCCUGUUAGUCGAUGUUGGUUGCGGAAAUGGAAAGUACAUGAACUGUGGUCAAAAUAUUUUUCAAAUUGGAUUAGAUACAAGUAUUUCUCUAUUAAAUGUGUGUAGAGAGAAGCAAUACCAAGUAUUACUUGGUAAUUGCUUAAGAAUACCAUUACUUGAUAAUGUAGCAGACGGUGCAAUUAGUAUUGCAGUGAUUCACCAUUUAUCAACUGAGGAAAGAAGAUUUUCGGCAAUUCGAGAAUUAUUACGAAUUUUAAAGGCUGGCGGUAGAGUACUGGUUUAUGUUUGGGCAAAAGAACAAAAACAUCGAAAUGAAAAAUCUAGUUAUUUGAAGCAAGAUCGAAAAAACAGGAGAUGUGAAGAAAAUGAAGCUGUUAGUAAUGAAAAACUGACUUUAGUGGAUGGUGUUGAAAUACCGAUUCAUACCAAUCGAACUCAAUUUAAACAUCAAGAUGUCUUGGUGCCUUGGAAAUUAAAGAAAAAUAGUGGUAAAAGUUUAAAUACAGGUACAGAUGAGUCACAGACUUUUCUGAGAUAUUAUCACGUUUUCAAAGAAGGUGAACUAGAAAACAUGUGUGCACAAUUUAACAGUAAACUGUUACAUAGUUAUUAUGAUCAAGGGAACUGGUGUGUUAUUUUAGAGAAAAAAUAAAAUAUUGCAAUAUA